AUGACUCGCUCUGGAUCUUGCCGCUGUGGUGCCGUCACCCUUGACUUCCUCGACGACGCCAACAACGCCGGUGUCGUGUGCUACUGCAAGUCGUGCCGUAGCCUCCACUCGUCCGAGUCGCUCAACCUCAAGACCGAGGUCGACCAGGUCAAGGUCACCAAGGGCACUCCCAAGGUGUACAAGGACACGCACACCGAUUCGGGCAAGGCGAUCAACCGUAACUUCUGCGGCGAUUGCGGGUCGGCCCUCUUCUCUGACCCGGACGCGAUGCCUGGCACACGCUUCCUCAAGGUCGGAACCCUCGCCGACCCUUCGGCCAUCAAGCUCGUCGGCGAGAUCUACGUCGACGACGCGCUCGAGUACCAGCCACGUGACAAGAAGCAUGGCCAGAAGCACUUUGAGGGCAUGAUGGCCAAGGAGGUCUAG